AUGGAUUCUUGCUCACAUCAACCCAGAAAUGAUGACAAUGAAAAGGAUGGAGAAGAAGUAGAGUCUCACGAAGCUGGUCAUGAAACUGGGUACAAAAGGAAAAAACAAGCAGAUGCAGAUGGUUCUGCUCCUAAGGUUCAAACAAAGAAGAAGAAGGCAGCUAGGGUACAAAGGUCAUUCGUAUGGGAUCAUUUCACAAGAAUCCAUUGGGAAAAAGAUAGAUGUCGUUGUCAUUAUUGUACUCUCAAUAUGGGUUGUGCGACUCAUAAUGGAACUUCUUGUCUGAAAAAUCAUCUCCUUAUCUGCAAGCAGUACAAGACAUGGAAGGAAACCAGAAGUGAGACUCAAAAUGUUCUCAGUCAGAGUGAUGAUAACGGUUUGCAGUUGGCCAGAGUUAUUGAGGAUGUGUUUAGAGAAGCUUCUAAUGAGAUGUUGGUUCUCGGUGAAUUGCCACUUUCAUUUAUUGAAAGUUUGGCUUGGAAAAACUUCUGCAAUAAGGUUAAACUCUACAAACCUCACUCUUGGAGAACUGCAACUAGGGAUAUUGUGGAGGCUUACGUGAAGAAGAAAGCAGAAAUGAUGGAGGCUAUUGGUGCUACUAAGCAAAGGUUUUCUCUAACAACAGAUAUAUGGGUUGCACCUACGACUGGAACUAGCUACAUGGUCAUCACAACACUUUUUAUUGAUGCAAGUUGGCGCCUACGCAAGAUGAUAAUUGGAUUCAAGCAUGUCGCUGACCAUACAAGGUCAACUAUAAGUUCUGUUCUUCUUAAAUGUUUGGCUGAAUGGGGGAUAAAGAAGAUCUUCACAAUCACUGUUGACAAUGCCACUGCCAAUUCUAAUGCUAUGAAGAAGUUUAAGGAAGCAUUCAGCUUAGUAGGAAAUGAUGCAAUGGUGUUUGGUGGUAAGUUCCUGCAUUUACGUUGUUGUGCUCACAUUAUUAAUUUAAUUGCGAAAGAUGGUUUACAUGACCUUAAGGAUAAUGUGGAGGCUAUUUGGAAUGGUGUUCAAUAUGUUAGAGCUUCUAGUAAAAGGCUUGAAGCGUUUGAGCAGAAAGUUGAGUCAGGAAAGAUGACAAGAGGGAGUUUAUCAUUGAACUGCAAAACAAGAUGGAACUCCACUUAUCUGAUGUUAACAAGAGCAUUGAAGUUCAGAUUGGCUUUUGAUAGAAUGGAGGCUGAAGAUAAGCUGUAUAAUGAUUAUUUCUGUGAAACCGUUGAAGGGAAAAAGAGGAUUGGGCCGCCAUGUAAAGAUAAUUGGGAUGAAAUUGAAAGGUUAGUAAGGUUUUUAGUCAUCUUCUAUAACUCUACCUUGGUAGUUUCAGCAUCAUCGACUGUUAGCUCUUACAAGUGUUACAAUGAAAUUGUAACAAUAGAAAGGAAUCUAUCGGCAUUGAGCACUAAUUCUGAUCUGAAGCUUAGCUUAAAGGCAGAGGCUAUGAGAGAUAAGUUCAAUAAGUAUUGGGAUGGAUCAAAGAAGCUAAAGAAGAUGCUGAUCAUAGCUAUUGUCUUUGAUCCGAGGAACAAAAUGAAGUUUGCGAGUCUUUGUUUUGAUAUACUCUAUGGUAAAGACAAUGCAGAAUCUAAGGAGAUUACUAAAGUAGUUAAUGAGGUUCUAGUAAAUCUGUUUAACGAGUAUAAUGCGACAACAGUUGGAUCAAGCUUUCAGUCGCAAACUGCAUCAUCAUCUCAAAGUGGACAUGAGUCUCAAGGUGAUCUGAAUCAGAAAAUGGAUUUUGACAGUGAUAUCGAAUAUCAAAGGGUGGACACUAUGUACAACGAGUUGGUUAAUGAGAUUGGUUUUCAAGAUGCAAGUUCAGAGUUGGAGUUAUAUCUGAAGGAGAAAGUGGAAACUCCAAAGGCUAACCAGCUUGGGAUAAAGUUUGAUGUCUUGGGAUGGUGGAGGAUCAACAGUCCUAAGUAUCCUAUUCUAGCCUCAAUAGCAAAGGAUGUACUUGCUAUGCAAGUGUCUUCUGUUGCAUCUGAAUCAGCUUUUAGCAAUAGUAAUAGGAUUUUAGACCCAUUUAGGAGUUGCUUGACUCACUACAUGAUUGAGGUUCUGAUGUGCAGUGAACAAUGGUUAAAAAGUGAGAUUCUGUUGAAUGAGAAAAGAGUGAUUACAACUCAGCAAAUGCUUGCUGAGAUUGAGUUGCAGGAUAGUCUUCAGAAAGAGUUUGAGUCGCUAUGCAAGCUGUGA